GUGUGUGUGUGUGUGUGUGUGUGUGUGUAAGGAGACGCGCCGGUGUUCCAUUCACCCGGUGCCUCCCGGUUGUUAAUUAUCUGCCCACGCCGCUCCGCGCCGCUCUGUGAACGCAGAGAAAUGUUUCCGCCUGUUUGUCAUUUCUGCUCCAUUGGCUGCUGGACGUAGACGCAUCUGAUCGCCGCCCAAGUUUCCAGCGUGUUUCCGUGUUUUUGUCAGCGCUCCGGGUCAGAUGCCGUUGAUUUUUUUUAAGGAUUAAUAAUAUCCUUUAAGGAGAAGCGCCCCGACGAUCGUUUAAGGCGCAGCGCGUGUCAUGCUGGCAGCAGCCGGGCUGGAGGUCGGCGGAUCCUAGUUGGACUGAUCCCUGAGAAGACACACCAACUGAGCAAGCGACUGUCCGUCCACGCGCGCGUCUCUUUCUCUUCGUCUUGGACACAUCUUGGACAGGCUCUCCGAGUGCCAUGUCCACACGAAAGCCAUCGCUAACGGACAAGCAGGCUAAAAACGGCACGUCAAAAUAUGUGUUGGAGAGAUGCGCCUCAAUUAACGAGUAUUAUGAUAUUGCCUUCAAGGUGAUGCUGCUUGGAGACUCUGCAGUGGGGAAAACGUGCGUCCUGGUGCGAUUCAAAGAUGGGGCGUUUCUCGGAGGCAACUUCAUAGCCACCGUUGGAAUAGACUUUAGGAAUAAAGUGGUGGACGUGGACAACCUGAAAGUGAAACUCCAGAUUUGGGACACAGCCGGCCAGGAGAGGUUCCGCAGCGUAACGCACGCCUACUACAGAGAUGCUCAGGCGUUACUUCUACUUUACGACAUCACCAACAAGCCAUCAUUCGACAAUAUCAGAGCUUGGCUGACUGAAAUACACGAGUAUGCCCAGAGGGAUGUGGUCAUCAUGUUGCUCGGCAACAAGUCAGACAUGGCUGCAGAGAGGGUGGUGAAGAUGGAGGAUGGCGAGAAACUGGCUAAGGAAUAUGGAGUACCGUUCAUGGAGACCAGUGCCAAGACGGGAGGGAAUGUGGAGCUGGCUUUCCUCGCUAUAGCAAAGGAGCUGAAGCAUAGAGCGACGCAGCAGCCAAACGAGCCCAAGUUCAAGAUUCAUGACUACAUCGAGUCUCAGAAGCAAAAGUCUGGCUGCUGCAGCCUCGGCUAGCGGAUGCUGAACAACAGGCAGAGAGGGGCGCGCGCGCGCGUACACACACACACACACACACACACACACACACACACACACACACACACACACACACACACACACACACACACACACACACACACACACACACACACACACACACACACACACACACACACACACACACACACACACACACACACACACACACACACACACACACACACAGAGAGAGAGAGAGAUGUUGCUCUCUUUUAUGAAAGCCAGUCCAAGCACCAAACCCUCAGAGGUGGGAAUCCUCCACUUCUCCACAGAGCUUUUCUUUUUUUUCUGUUUAUUUGGGCUGAAUGAAAGUGAAUCUGGAUUGGCUGCCAUCCCUUUGCUGAAAUGUGAAUUUAAAUUGUGUACUUUGUAGAAAUGUGUGUGAUCUUUGUGGUGACAGCUGUGUCAAAGUCAGGAGCCAGAAUCUGAAAUGCUAUACUCGUCUACAGGUGCAGGAGGAACAGUCGGCCCUGGAUGAGCGUGGGUUUUUAUAAGAUGUGGAUGUAGCAUUUUAAAGCCAUGAAGCUCCGACUUUCACCAGACUGUGAGCUGAAGCCCUUCUUGGCCUUCAUCUUUAAUCCUUGUGUGAGAAGCGGAGUUCAGUCUCACAGUCUGAUUGUAGCUAAAUGGGCGUGUCUGUACUGCUGUUAGAUAGAAUAAAGCCAAUAUUUGGAGGGCAGUGGUCCACCGUGUCUUUGUACAUUCACUCCAUGGUCUUCUCAUGUAUCUGCUGCAGGAUCAUCCCUGUGCAAACAGAAAAAAAAGUACUUUUUAAUUCAUAAAUUUCCCAACAUGCAGUUUGAAUCGACCCAUCCACAUACACACACACGUUCCCAAGUUGUCUUCUGAUAUUGGAUGUUGUAUUUGUUGUGUAAUUCAUUUCUUUGUAAGAUGUUCAUUAUGGAUGUUUAGUCUCAUCUGUUGUUCUGAGGCACCAAAAUGAUCACAAAGUGCCAUUUAAGUGCUUUGUUAUCAUACUAUAUAUAAAGUAUAUUUUGUAAUGUA